AUUGUCGAGAUAGUUGUCGAUAAGUAUACGAUACGUGGAAAAUGUCACCGGUAUUUUUUUUGGCGCGAUCAUUUUAGCGGCACCGUCCGGUCCUCCCCUCUAUGUAACGUAGGACCGAUCGCCUGCGCCGGAGAGGCCGCCGAAUAUCCGGCGAUCUCGGUUAGUCCGAUGUUUUCUCGCCGCCCGAUCUCGAUGAUCGCCACCGAUUCGGAUAGUUUGCGGAAAAUAUCGUGUCUCUUGAACCCUCACCUUCUCCUAAAGAUCUCCCUGGGAUGAAGUAAAUGGUGGAGCUACCGAUAAGUAGCAGCAAUGGCAUCUGGUGGUCGGUUUGAUCCAGCUUCUGGUAGUCCAAAAGGCUCAACUUUUCCCACUAGCUACUCCGAUGGGCUGCGUAGUUCAUUCGCUGCCGGGUCAUUGGACAGGUCAAGUAGUUUUCACGAGGGCAGUGACAGUCGCAUGACGGGCUCUGGUUCCACAAUAUCAGGGGAUGCAUCCUCAUAUGUCGAAUUGAGCCAGUGGUUGAACCUUGACUCGCUGUCCACAGGUGACCAGAAAUUCACAAGAUUGGGGGAGUUGAAGAAAGCCUCGAAUAUUUCAUCAAUCAUGUUAAUGGAAGAUGAUUCCUUCGGGACUGCUCUGCACUCGAAGCCUCUUUGCCCGCCAUUGUUGGAAGAUUUGAAGCGUUUGAAGUCUAGCAUUAUUGAGAGCUCCAUACGAGCAAAGGACAGAAAAAAAUAUUUGGUUGAAUCCAUAUCAAAAUUGGACAAAUACAUGCUGCAAAUGCGGCAAAAGCGGCAGAGGAAUGAGCAACUUCCAACUGAAAGAUCUAAUGAGCAGAACCAAAGGGACCUAGUAGAUCUAGACUCGUUUGAUGCGUCCAAGUAUGUAUCAUCGACGAGAGCAGCGGUUGAGAGCUCCAACGAGAAUCUGUGCGGGGGUCGAAACUCAAGACUAGAGGAAGUGAACGUGAGGAGGUCCACGCGUGCGACGAAGGGACAAAGGCGGCGCAGGUUCAGCCCUCCCUGAGCUUAGUUUAGGCAUUUUGGAUCCAGUCAUGGCGUUUGGACCCUUUAUCAUAUUUGAUCCGUUUUCUAUAUUUUAAUUGAGUUGAAAUCAGAGAUUGGGUUUUUUUUUAUUUAUUAUUAGACUUUGUUAUUUGAUUACAACUUUGUUGAUUUCUUGAUCAAUUGACAGUCCAUUGAUUUGAGAUUUGAAGGA